GGGUUGCAGCAAAGUUUGUUGAAAACAGCGGUGAGGGUGGAGUGCUUGGGAGAAGAGAGUUCACGAGCAGUCGUCACUGUUUGGAGGCAGAGCUUCAGAAGACACGCUUGGAGCUCAGUAACCUCACAGAGAGGUUUACAAGAUUACAUGACAACUGCUCUUCAACACAACAAACUAAUAGUCUGCUAGAGCAUAAGCUUCAUUUGGUGGCUCAGAGUAUGGAAGGGGAACGUGAAAGGCUAAACCAACGUAUUUCAGCUUUAACAGAACGACUGGCCGAUGCAAAGUUUGUGAACACAGUGGACCCAAACAAUGCACCUCAACAUCAUGGUCAGUCAGGUGUUGAUCCAGAUGUUCCCCUUGUUGCCCCUCCUCCAGCUCAGUUCAUGGACAGUCUGAACUUCCCUAAAGACAAAGUUGUAGGGCAGGAACAGCCUCUGGGUUCAGUCCCAGAAGAAGAGGAAUCUGACUGGUCAGAAAUCGGUGAGGAAACACCAAGAUUUGUGCUAACAGGUUUGAAUCGAGGCCAGGCAUGGAGACACAGAGGGGGUGAUGAAGAUAAGGCCAACGAGCUAGAAAGAGAAGAGAUAUUUAAUCCAAAUUCAUCACAUUCUUCAACUAUGUCUCACCUGCAGUUUACAGUUCACAAUGAAAUCCUGCCUCUCACACAAAGUAAUCUCUCCAAAAUCGUGACAUGCCAAAGUUCUUACAGGAUCACCACAAGUCCAAGUUUAGGGUCCGCUGUUCUUGUCCGGUCAGCGAGUUUGGAGGAGAUCCCCAUGGCCCAUCACACCACAGAGCUCCAAAGCACAGAGGCCAUGACGGACCUACACCACUCAGGAGCAGUUCAUGACUCUGAUAAUGAGUUCAUACAUCACCUGAAAAACAGCAGACACACGGCGCAUGUGAGGCCAGUGGACAGCAGUGUUUCUGAGAUGGAUGCUGCAAUGUCCAAUCUGCAGUCAGCUGAACGCAUUCUGAACCAUCUUAUAUCUGAAACACAGCACAGUGAAACUGAGCACAGCUGGCCAGAGCCAGAGGCAGUGUCAGAGAAGUUACUCAAAGGGGAGCGGACAAAACUCUAACAGUGGCACCAAGCGGUCCGAAGGGAAUAUGAUUCAAUUUUAAAUUGAAAUGAGGGUUAUGUAACUAUAUGAAUAGAUACAGAUAUACAAUAUAUUUGGGCAUUAAAAUGUAUAUAUACCCUUCGACAGUGAGUGUAAAAUUGUGAUUAGCUAAUACCCAGUGUAAGUACUUUGUGGUAGAUAGUCAUAUACUGUAAAGUAUAGUUACACAUUUUGCCUACUGUAAACAUUAGUGUACUCUUUAAUGUGGAAUACUCAUUAAUUACUGAAUAAUGUGUAAAAUAGAAAGGUGCAAUUAACAUUGUUUCUCUGUGUAAUUAAUAAUUGAGGCUGACAGGAUUCUUGGCUAAGAUGUAGGUUGUAGUCUCAGAGUUUAAUAAACUAAUAAACACAUAUUUAA